CUCUUUUCUCUCACAUAGUGCGUAGGGCUUUUGACUCCCUACUUCUUCUUCUUCCUGUGGCCACUCUCCCUAACACAGUCCACACCUUCUUCUAACGAAGAAGAGAGAGCUUUCUCAACCUUGAGAUCGGCGUCAGAUCCUCCGCCGCAUCCUCUCUUCACUAUCCCCGAGUGUAAAAAAUGAUGGAAUCCGGCAUUGGUUUCGCGGCGAUGGAGGAGAGGAUCCCUCCGGGAAGUUUCUUCCAGUUUCCUCUCUCAGGAUUCCGUGCUUCUCCCAAUCGAUCUCCUUGUCCUCCCACUAACCGUGAGAGGUACUUGGCUGAGUUAUUGCAAGAGAGACAAAAGUUGGCUCCUUUCUUGCAAGUUAUGCCACAUUGCUGCAGACUACUCAAUCAAGAGAUAAGGAGGGUUACCAGUCUUCCUGAUCUUGAUAGAUAUGAGAACGGCAGUCCAUUUAGAUCGGUUGGCCAGCCGAUUAAUGGGAAGGUUGAUUUAGACGGAUGGUCAAUGAUGCAAGGAGAGGAUAAUUUUCAUCUCCAGAGAGGCUCUCCGUUUCGUGCUCCUCCUCCUCCAGUGGGCUGGGUUGGGAUGCCAGGACUCCACGCUCCUCCAAUUGUGAAAAGAAUUAUUAGGCUUGAUGUGCCAGUUGACAAAUUUCCAACCUAUAACUUUGUUGGGAGGAUUCUCGGGCCACGUGGGAACUCUCUGAAGAGAGUUGAGAUAGCAACACACUGUAGGGUGUUUAUUAGAGGGAGAGGAUCCGUGAAGGAUACUGUCAAGGAGGAGAAGCUGAAAGGUAAGCCAGGGUACGAGCAUCUCAGCGAGCCACUACAUAUACUGAUCGAAGCCGAGCUUCCAGAGGACAUAAUACACUCUCGACUGGAGCAUGCAGUGCAUUUCCUGGAGUCUCUCCUACUGCCAAUUGAUGAAUCAAUGGACCAUUACAAGAGGGAACAGCUGAAGGAGCUAGCAGCUCUGAAUGGUACUCUGAGGGAAGAGAGUCCGAGUCUGAGCUUGAGCCCUUGUUUGAGUCCAAGCAUGUCUCCUUUCAACAGCAAGCGUGCCAAAACCGUACAAUAAAGAUGUUUUACCCGAGAGAUGAUCAAAAGUUCAAAUGGCAUGGGCGUGUGUUGUGGGGGCAGGAGAAAAGGCUGCUCUCUAUGCAUUGGCUCUUAAUCUUAUCUGGGAGGUGACAAUGUUCUAACGUUUGAGACACGUCAAUUAACUUCUUUUUUUUCUUCCUGUCAUUAAGUUUAUUCUUUAUUUUAUGAACAUUUUUGUUGGCUAGCAGAGAUGACCAGUAACCACUGCGUAAUAAACUUAAUAAUGGUGUUUUUUUCUUAAUGAAAUGUAAUCUCUUUCUGAAUCAUGUAACGUCUUUUAAAGUUUGAAACAAAUAUUGAUUUCAAUUCGAGUCUUUUGAGUUUUGAAUGAA